AUGGCUGCUGCUGAGAGCCCCAGGAAGAGGCUUCAAGACGAAGCGACUUGCUCCGUUUGCCUGGACUUUUUCACGGAUCCGGUGAUGCUGGACUGCGGGCACAACUUUUGCCAGGCCUGCAUCGAGAAGUGCUGGGGUGACGAUGCGCCCACAGAUGCGUCCAGAGACGCCGCCUGUCCUGAGUGCCGAGAGAGAGUUCAGCAGCGGAGCCUCAAGCCCAACAGGCAGCUGGCCAAUGUGGUGGAGAUUGCCAAAGAGCUGAAGCCAGAGCGGGGAGGGGGGAAAGUCUGCGAGUGGCACCAGGAGCCCCUGAAGCUCUUCUGCAAGGACGACGCGGCGCCCAUCUGCGUGGUGUGCGACAGGGCCAAGGAGCACCGAGCUCACAACGUGGUUCCCUUGCAGGAGGCUGCCCAGGAGUACAAGGAUCAAAUCUGUAGCUGCCUGGAGACUCUGAGGAAGGAGAGAGAGAAAUUUCUGGUAUCUAGAGCAGACGUGGAAAAGGAAAGCCAAGACCUGCUGAAGCAAAUGGAAGCCGAGAGGGAAAAGACGGUGGCUCAGUUCCAGCAACUGCGCCAGUUUCUGGAAGAACGAGAGAAGCUUCUGCUGGUCCAGAUGAAUGAGGUGGAGGAGGAGAUCGCAAGGACACGGGAUGAGCACUUGGCCAAGAUCUCGGAGAAGCUCUCUUCUGUGGAAAGAACGAUUCUGGAAAUGGAGGAGAAGCGUCAACAGUCAGUGAGUGAAAUCCUGCAGGAUAUAAAGGGCACCUUGAAGAGGCAAGAGAAUAAGUUUGAGAAGUCUGUGGUUUUCUCCCCUGCACUGAAGUGGAGGAUCUGGGACUUCUGUGAUAUAAAUCCGUUUCUGAAGGGUUUCCUGAAGCAGUUCCAAGACACGCUGAUAUCUGGACUUCUGCUGAAGAAAGCAAACAUAUCUCUGGAUCCAGACACGGCGCAUCCCCAGCUCAUCCUGUCUGGGGAUCAUAAAAGUGUAAAGUUUGGAGAGAAACGUCAACCUCUGCCCAGCAAUCCUGAGAGAUUUGACUGUUCGCCGUUUGUGUUGGGACGUGAGGGAUUCACGGCAGGCAGACAUUUCUGGGAAGUUGUUGUGGGGAGUGAGGGGCAAUGGUCUGUGGGGGUCGCCAGAAAGUCUGUGAGGAGGACGGGUGUGAUAAGCGUUGAUCCUAAGAGAGGGAUCUGGGUUAUGAGGAAGUUGGGACGUGAGUACAGGGCCUUAGAACCCACUGGCAUUUUUUGUUUGGCCCAAAGGGAGGAGCUCAAGAGGAUCCGUGUGAGUCUGAACUAUGAUGGGGGCCGGGUGGCCUUUCAUGAUGCUGACACAGCGGCCCUGAUUUACAUCUACUCAGUCCAAUUCUCUGGGGAGACCCUUCUGCCCUCCUUUCUGAUGUGUGGGAAAGCCCACCUGACCCUCUCUCCUUAAGGAGGUCAAAGGGUGGCGACAGACGUCCCUAAACUCACUUACAGCUCCGACACGCUUUGGGCCUCCUCCCCUGGACUGAGCCCAGGCAGGCCCCAAUCCACACAGUCUUAUUUAAGGAGAGACCUGUUUUGAGCAGGAGGGAUUGGCUGUCCCUUGUGUCACUCAAGAGUCCACCUAUUGCUCACGAGUCAAUUUCGAAGUGCAUUUAAAGAGGGAAAACAUAUUUUCUAAAAUUUAAUAAA